AUGUUGGAGAGUGUUAGUUGGACUGUCACCACAGAGCCAGUGGAAGAAACUAUUUUGGACAAUAAUCAGUUGGAUAUUGAGAGUGACGAUUCAAGCGAGUUCAGUGAACACAAUACCAACUCACAGCUGUCUGAAGAAGAAAGUUUUAGCGAUGAUAAAUACAAAAAAGUCAAUUUUACUGGUCAACAUUGCUUCGUGGGUAAAGAUAAAGUCUCCCAAUGGCUGGCUCAUGCAUCCUCACGACCGAAAACAAGAAUUUUACGUAAAAAUAUUGUCAUUCAUCCCCCAGGCGUAAAGAGAGUGGCACAAAAUGCAAAGACUGAAAGGGAUUGUUGGGAGUUGUUUAUGACACCAGCGAUGAUAGAAUAUAUUGCCGGAUGUACAAACAUCUACCUGAAUAAUCUGCGCAAAAACUAUGACCGUGAACGAGAUUGUCGACCAACAGAUGCCACAGAGCUAUAUGCCUUUUUUGGACUUAUAUAA